GGAAGAUUUCAAACGGAGGUACCAUCCCGCUCUCUCACAAACAGUCUCACUCUCCCACACACUCCGCAGCUGAGAGUGAGACGCUCUCUUCACUUUUCUUCUUCUCCACCCUUCCUUUACCUUCUUCGUAAUAUAAUCCGCCACUAUCCCUCCAUUCCCCUUUUCUUCUCUCUUCUCGUCAUUUCCCCUCCUCGGAGCUCUGCAGAGACAAUUUCUGAACAUUACCGGCGGAGGGAGGAGCUCCCAGUACAAUGAGCAGUGUGUCAAUUUGAAGUUUCGUGCUUCAGCUCUUCUUCUCAAGGAAAAGAAACAUGAACAAGGAAAAUGGAAAUGAUGCCAAAGUUGAAGAGCCCACUGUCCGGAUUACCCGAGCACGAGCCAGAGCUUCUGGGGCUUCAGCAGGUGCAUUCCCGGCCUCGAAACCUUCCUUCAAACAGGAGCUGAAGCGUGUCCCCAAAGUAAGCACAAAGAGACCAGCUUCAGAAGAGAACAAAAUGAGGGGUGGUGUUCAGUGUAAGAAGAGGGCCGCGCUUCAAGAAGUGACCAACAUCUUAACUGAGCAUUCAGAUGCUAACAGCACCAAUACAUCUAGAACUCAGGCUAGCAGGCAGACUAGAAGAUGUCCGUCAAAGAAAAAUUCCAAGGUGGCUACUGGCUUUCCUGUGGGAGCUCCAAAGGUUGAACAAGAGAAUAUGAAAACAAAAGUGGUGAAGGAACCCUCAAAGGUCAGGAAGGAAGAAGUUCAAGGGAUUGCUCCGAGGGAAAUAUUGGAUGUAAAACAACCAUGCAGGGUUCCUGUUCAAGUAAUGAACAAUGCAGCAAAUGUUGCCCUCCCAGCAUUUCCUUCCACCAGACCUGCUGAGCGUGAAAAUAAAGGAGUGAGUAUGAGCUAUCAGAAACAAGAGGCCUCCACUAGUCUAGGCAUAGUGGAUAUUGAUUCCGACUCAAAAGAUCCCCAAGACUGCAGUCAAUAUGCCUCUGAUAUCUAUAAACAUAUGCUUGUUACAGAGCUUGACCAGAGGACAUCAGCUAAUUACAUGGAGACCUUGCAGAGCGAUGUCACUGCAAACAUGAGAGGAAUACUAAUCGACUGGCUGGUAGAGGUUGCUGAAGAAUAUAAGCUUGUUCCAGAUACCCUUUACCUUACUGUUAAUCUCAUUGACCGAUAUCUCUCUCAAACUUUUAUCGAGAAACAAAGACUCCAAUUACUUGGUGUUACAUGCAUGCUAAUUGCGUCAAAGUAUGAAGAAAUCUUUGCUCCACGGGUAGAAGAAUUCUGCUUCAUCACUGACAAUACUUACACAAGAGAACAGCUGUUAAUGUGUGUGCAGGUAUUGAAAAUGGAGAGCCAAGUUGUGAAUAUCAUGCACUUUAAUUUGUCAGUUCCCACCACGAAGACAUUUCUAAGGAGAUUCAUUCAAGCAGCACAGACCUCUUACAAGGAUCCUUGUCUCGAACUGGAGUACUUGGCAAAUUACUUGGCAGAGUUGACUCUUGUUGAAUAUAACUUCAUAAAGUUCCUUCCUUCUUUAGUUGCUGCAUCUGCUGUGUUUCUGGCCAGAUGGACACUCAAUCAAUCAGUUCACCCCUGGAAUCAAACUCUAGAGCAUUACACUAAUUACAGUGCACAAGAGCUAAGAAGUACGGUACUCGCACUGGAAGAUCUACAGCUCAACAUUAGUGGUUGUCCCCUCAAUGCCAUACGCGAAAAGUACAAACAUCAGAAGUUCAAGAGCGUGUCAAAUUUGUCAUCUCCAGAACGAGUUCAAUCACUGUUCGAAUGAUGGACAGAUGACCAUCUAGGUUUCUACAUCCUUGACUUCUCUGAAGAUGAUCCUGAUUUUCAGCUGCAGUAACUUGUCACAUUCCAACUAAAGUUGGUGAUGUUCUUUCAUUUUAACUUAAUUUCACUCAAGUUACUGUCUUGGUUGUUAAAAGGGUAACAUCUAAUCUAAGUUAGUUGUGGUACUUCCAGACCAAGGAAAGAUGGUCUCAUGAAAUCUACCACAAUUUUUUGAGGGAACUUCUAUAUUGAGGGGGGGCACAGGGAGGAAUAAAGUUUCAGGUCUUUUGAGGUGAAGGAGAAGGUGGGGAUACUGUAAAAGAGGAGAGUACCUGAGCUAAUUUCUCAGGCCUUUAGUACUUUGUAUCUUGAAACCUCGUGAAUUUGUUGAGCCAAACUCUGAUGUUCGUUGUAAUCAGUUGCAAACUGCUACUGGGAUCAAGGGAAAUGCAUGAAUAGCCUUCCCUAUUGCGGUUUGCGGAGCAACGCUUCACAAUCUAUAACAAACUAGCACUUUUUAUUCAUUAAUAGCCGUUUUCCUUAUGUACUCACAUUGGACAAGUGAUGCCCAGGACUUUCUCCAGUUAUUGAUUA